UACUUCAUGUUUCCCUCUUGAAGAAAGUGUUCAAACUGUUUCGCAGCCGAUUGUAGCUGACGCGACCUUUUCUGUUUGUCUGAUAUCUCGCUUUUGGAUACUGUGAAUAUCACAGUUACAAAUAGUUUCAAAUAGUCGUUCGUCGAUCUUACAAAGUGCACAUAAAAUCUUUAAGAGGUACUAAUAAUAAGUCGAAUCACGAAGAAAAAUAAAGUUGAGCGGUGUAGUUAUACAAACAGAUUAUUGCGCCGAGCAAGUUGUAAAAGGGCAAAAUCUCUAUUAGGAGAGAAUCGAUAGAAAGAAAACGGAACAACUUUGAAAAGCGAUCCAUGUGGCAAACGUUAAAAAAAGGGAGUAGCAUUAAAAAGUGGAUAUGUCCUACGAAUGUAUUUCCUGCGGACAAAGGUUCAGUCAGAUGAAUUUCACAAAGCACCUUAUUGAGGACAAAGAAUGUUGGAUAAAGGUAUGGGACCAUGGCAACUACAAAACCAACGAUGAGAAAAAACUGGAAAGCCAUACACAUGUUCAUUCUAACAAACAAGAAGAAAGUAAUAUUAUAGGCCCGGAACCAUUUUUAAGCAGUAACACGUAUGGCAAACAUUCCAGCACAAGCAGCGGCAUUCAAGAGCGCAAAAAUAUACUUUACGAAUAUGACGAUUACAACCAAAAGUUUUGUACAGAGAAUGAGUUGACGAAUCACUUAACGCAGAAACACAAAGGUGUAAUGCACCAAUGCGAUCAUUGCAACUACGAAUUCAACGAUGAGAAACAUCUGAUGAGCCACAUACGAUGUGUUCAUCCAAACAUCCAGGAGGAAACUAAUAGUGUGAAGCCGGGACCUUCUUGGGAGGAUGAUCAGUGCGGCAAACAUUCUAACAGAAAUAGUUGCAUUGAAAACAAUAGGCCUUACGAAUGUGAUGUGUGUGACCAAAGGUUUCAUAAAAGAUAUGGAUUAAUAUAUCACUACAAGAAUGCCCACCGACGUUUAAUGUACCAAUGUGAACAUUGCAUAUACGGAACUAACGAUGAAGAAGAUAUGAAGAGCCACAUACGUGAUCAUUCUAACAACCAAGAAGAAAGCAUUAUUAUAGACCCGGAACCGUCUUUGGAGAAUGACCCGGGCGUCAAACAUUCCAGGGAAAACAGCUGCAUGGAAAACAUGCUUCACGAAUAUGAUGUUUGCAACCAAAAGUUCCGCCAAUUUAAUAAGGAGCAUCUGAAGAGCCAGGUACAAUGUGUUCAUCCUAACAUCCAGGAAGAAAAUAAUAGUGCAGAGCCGGGACCGUCUUGGGAGAGUGUCCCGGGCGUCAAACAUUCUGAGAAAAACAGCUGCAUUGAAAACAUGCUUCACGAAUAUGAUGUUUGCAACCAAAAGUUCCGUGAAAUUAAUGAGGAGCAUCUGAAGAGCCAGGUACAAUGUGUUCAUCCUAACAUCCAGGAAGGAAAUAAUAGUGCGGAGCCGGGACCGUCUCGCGAGAGUGAUCCCUGCGCCAAAUAUAUCAGCACAAAUAGUAACAAAAAAAGGUUCAAAUUAGAUUGGAAAUGUCAAGUUUGUAAUCAAGAGCUCUGUGACAACCAAGAGUUGAUGCAUCACCUAGUAGAAGUCCAUGGAAUUCAGGCAAAAUUCAAUUGUAGCCAAUGCAACUACAAAACCAAUUUCCAGUAUUUUUAUCAACGUCAUUGGAAAACAAUGCAUGACAAUUACUACUACCCGUGUACUGAACCCGGCUGUGAACAGGCAUUCAAAACGCGAACAUAUCUGUGGAGACACAUACAUAUUACGCAUCCUAACAUACAAAAGAAAAGUAUUGUGGACCUGAAACUGUCUUCAGAGAGUGAUCCGUGCGAAAGAAUACCUAUACUAUGCCUAGUCUGCAACCGAAUAUUUCCUGUUCAGAAAGAGCUGAUGGAUCACUUAAUAAAAGACCACGGCUGUCGAACGAUAUUCAACUGCAUCCAUUGCAGCUAUAAAACUAAUAGCAGGCAAGACUAUGAAAGGCAUAAUAGACUAUUGCACGCGGACAAUUACGGCUACGUGUGUACUACUGUGCCCGACUGUAACUAGAAGGGCAAAGUUCAAUAUAAUCUAACACGACACAUGCAAAGUGUUCAUCAUAAUAAUCAAAAGAAAAGCGAAAGUACGAACGCGGAGCCGUCGUUGGAGAAUGACUCAUGAAUCAAACAAUCCAGAAUAAGAAAUAAACAGCAAUAAAGAGCCCAAAAAUGUGCUUAAGGUUUUAAUAGAAAGAAAAAGUUGAAACAUCAUCUCUGAGAGGGCCAUAGAAGAACUGACUGCAGCGACUGCAAUUACACAUCUAACAAAAAACAGGACUUGCAAUAUCACAUUGCAUGAUAGCACGUGUACAAUUACCACUACGUAUGUAUUAAUAAAAGCUGUUACAAGAAGUUCAAAAUUGAAUAGGAUCAGAAGAAAAACGUAAAAUAUAAUCACUCGAAUGACUCUUAAUAAUGACGAAAAUAUAAUCAUGCUAACUCUAGUUUUGUAUAAAAGAUACAAGGAUGUGCAGAAAAAUUCAAAAGUAGACUGUAUCAUCUGUGGUAAUAUCAUACACAGGUAAAGUUUAUUUAAUCGUUUACUGAUGUAUGUUGACAGGACAAUUACUUGUUCUGUUUGCAAUAAGAUAUUUAGUAGGAAGGGCGGUAUGCGGAAUUCAUUCAUUGUAUCACGAGCCAACGAUCCUACUUCUGCAAGCUUUACGGCAUGGCAUUUGUCCAUUCGCAGUUUUUACGCAGUUAUAUGGAAAGAGGGAGAAAAAAUGUUCGGAGUAACUUCCGAUCGAAUAAUGUCAGUAGAUAUUGAAGCAUUAUUGCAAAACUUCUAGAUAGACAAGCGAUAAACAGACUGUCGAAUUAAGCGUAGAAAAAGUAUAAAAAAACCGUGAUGAAACAGUUUAUGCUUCAGUUUCCACACACUCGCUCAAACUUACAUCUUGAAACGCACAUAUGUGCUUAUGCGUGCACACACACAUAAGAUAUCCGCGUUUAGAAAAUAUUCGAGAUGGAAUUUCUUUGUAGAAUUAUAUUUUUGUCCUUUGUGAAUUGUGGUUUUGUUCCUGGACAUAUAUUCGCAAUAGUUCUACAUUUUCUAUACUUACUUAUGCACGUGCGUAAAAUGUUUUAU